ACUGUUAUUGGUAACAUGUUAUUGGAUUUAUUGGAUUACUCGUAUAAAGUGUGGAUUACCCCAAUUGAAGACGAUCAUCAGUCGAAACGCAUUUUAGUCCUUGGUGUUUGGUAUAAAAGAAGUAGCUGUGAGGACAGCAGGAAUCGUUUUGCUUCCUUCCCAAAGAAGUACAAAGCUAUUCCCAAAGAAAGCGUUGAAGACAUCUGCCGUUACGAUGAUUUCGAACUACGUCAUAUCCGCAGUCAUGCUUGCUGCAUAUGUGGUCUGCGCGGCAGCAGCGAAGACUGGUGCUGGUAUUGGCCGCUAAAUGUCAGAUAUGGUUAAAACUUCCUGAAAUGGGACUCCAAAUGAGCAGCAUUAAGACUUUACCGAAGAACUGACUUUAUUUUCAAUGCAGUACACUCCAAGCACUCCACUCGAAAAGUUUUUAUGCUUCACCUGCAGAUACAAAACUUCCUUUGCGAAAAAAUACCUAUUUAUAAUUUGAUAUUUUCAAAUUAUUGCAGAAUAUUUAUGAAACAAUAAACUUUUUGCUGCUA